AACACAGUAUAUUGUGGCUGAACAGACAAAAGCGGUGACGUCACUGGGCAGACUCCCCAGAGCAGUGGACAGUGGAAUAUACCGAGUCGCAUAUUGAACAUGUGGCGGCAGUGCGUGUGUCCAGGUGAUCUUUGAAGGAAAUUUUGAAGUGAGAGCAUGUAGCUACUGGAAUAGUAAGAAGCUCCUGAAAAGUUGAAAGCAGGCGCUGGCUCGUGAUGGAGGUUUGGAAGCAAGUUUUCUUUCUCCUUGCUUCGAUAGCGGUGUCUCGUGGCGUUGUCUUCUUCCCAGGUGCUAGCUCCAGCGAGGGAAAUGUCCCUUCAACUGGGGAAAGUUUUCCGUCCAGUGGGGGAAAUUUUCCUUCAACUGGGGGAAGUUUUCCGUCAACAGGAGGUUUCUUUCCUCCGCCUGGUAGCAACUUCCCCGUCCAGGGACAAACGUUUUUCGUUCCCUGUGAUUCACAAGUCGAGGUCUUUCCUGGCGUAUCCUACAGCAUAAGGAGUCCAGGGUAUCCUUCUCCUUCGCUUCCUUGGACACUCUGCCGAUGGUACUUCUUUACUCGGGAUGUCUCUCGGCGCCUGACGAUCACCUGCCAGGACUUCUCUCUGCCAGCCUCGUCAGAUUGCAGGAGUGGGCCCUUCCUUGCCGUCGAUUCAGGAAAUAAUGCGUAUAAGUGGUUCUGCGGCGAGAACGGACCACGAAACGUCGCCUCAACAACUAACAUCCUGGAGGUCGUGUUCUGGAGCAGCUGGAUCACCUCCACCGCCUCCAAAGGGAUCAGCUGCUCGGUGGGAAUCGCUUCCGCCGAUACUGCUUCUCGCGUCUGUAGGUGCGGCCAGCGUGGUACGAACAACCGUAUAGUGACUGGCCUGGAAAACAACAGGGUGGUAGGUGGAGUGGCUGCCCGUCUGCAUGAGUUCCCUUGGCAAGUGCUGCUGCUACUGCCCGAAAACCGAUUCUGUGGCGGCGUCCUUAUCAACGAGCUCUUUGUCCUCACGGCCGCCCACUGCAUACGCCCACCGGCCCUCUCAGGAACCGCCCUCCCCGAGGUGGUGGUGGGCGAGCACGACCGAUCCCGCGCCGACGAGACCGCCUCCACGCAAAGGCUCUCCGUCGCGAGGGUGAUCGUGCACGAGGGCUUCAACGACUCGGUCUCCAGCGAUAACGACAUCGGCCUCGUCCAACUGUCCUCCGCCCUCGAUUUCACGGCUACUUGGCCCGACGUCGCCCCUGCGUGCCCCCCCGACGCCCUCAGCGCCUACGACGACGUCACCGUCACCGUUGCAGGAUGGGGUUACCUAAGUUACCCCACGAAUCCGACUUUGCCAAGGGUCCUGCAGAAAGUGGAUGUGCAGACCGUGCCCGUGAGCGAGUGCAUGACGCAAUACAAGGCAGGAAAAGUGACGAGCAAUAUGAUCUGUGCGUCGGCUCCUGGGAAGGAUGCGUGUUUUAGCGACAGCGGGGGUCCCCUGAUGGCGCAGCAGAACGACCACUGGGUAGUGAUCGGCGUCGUCUCCUUCGGGCCGACUGCUUGCGCUAAGCCUGGCGUCGCGGGCGUCUACACGAGGGUGGGAAAUUAUCUCCCUUGGAUUAUUCGUAAUAUUGGCAACGCUCGUACGUGUCCUCCCUGAUACACGUGUCCUUUGUACGUGACACAUAUGUUUUCCCCUGGUACGUGGAGUCUUCUAUGUACAUCUGUCCUUCGUGAGAAAUUCCUGAUACAUGUGUUAUACCUUAUACACGUGUCCCUUAGUACAUGACACAUAUGUUUUUCCCUGGUACGUGGAGUCUUCUAUGUACAUCAGUCCUUCGUGGGAAAUUCCUAAUACUUGUGUCCUACCUGAUACAGUGUCCUGAUAUAUGUAUCUUCUCUAAUACAUGUAUCCUCCAGCGUGUCUCUUCCCUAGUAUGUGUGUCCUUUUUAACACCAGUGUCCUCUCUGGUGCGCUUAUAUGUAUGUAUGUAUUGUCCCCAGCAUACUGAUUUAUACACAUGUUCUGAUGUCAGUAUAUUUAAACUGUGUAUUCUGUAUCUUCAUGUUAUCAGGGGCUGGUCCUUUACCGGUGUGAAGUGGGUGUUAAUUAUCUUUUGAUUAUGUGAAUUGUGAUUCUUAUUUA